AUGAUCAUCUUACCCAAUGGUGAGUUUCUCACCGAUGAUGAAGAUGAGAAGGAGGAGUUACAAUCCCUUGAGGAAGAAGAGGAAGUAUUGCCCGUCGAUGAACGAGUUGGACUCGUUGUCAGACGAGCCUUAGCAACCCAAGUGAAAGCAGCCGACCAUGCACAAAGGGAGAACAUUUUCUACACCCGUUGCUAUACCAAAGGCAAGUUGAAUGAUAGUGGGGAUGUUCGUGUGACCAAGCAAGUCCAAGUACCUUUCCGAAUUGGAAAGUAUGAGGACGUGGUGUUAUACGACGUGGUCCCUAUGCAAGCAUGUCACAUACUAUUGGGGAGACCAUGGCAAUUCGACAAGGGAGUUACAUUCGAUGGCAUUACCAAUAAAUACUUCUUCAAGCAGGGCGAGAAGAGGAUUGUUCUUGUGCCACUCACUCCUAUCCAAGUUUGUGAAGAUCAAGAAAGCUUGAUCAAGGAGAGUGAGCUCGAGAAUGAGAAGAAAAAAAUAGAAAAAGUUGAGAGCUCAACAGAAAAUGAUAAGGCCAAGAAAAUUGAGAGGAAAAAGACAUAUGGUGAGUCGGCUAAAAUUGAAAAGAGAGAGAAAAGGCAAAAUCUAUUGAUAAAAGCCAAUGUAGUAAGAAAAGCUUUGAGUGUUAAUAAACCCAUCUUUGUACUUUUGUGCAAAGAGGUGUUGGUUGUUACAAGUGAUCUUACUAACACUCUAUCAUCUAGUAUUGUCUCUUUUUUGCAGGAUUAUGAGGAUGUCUUCCCCGAUGAGAUUCCAAAUGGACUACCAUCAAUAAGGGGAGUUGAGCAACAAAUUGACUUGGUUCCAGGUGCCCCACUUCCUAAGAGACUAGCCUACAAUAUGGGACCAGAUGAGACAAAGGAGCUCCAAAGCCAAAUCGAAGAGCUUCUAACAAAAGGAUGGGCAAGAGAAAGCUUGAGCCCAUAUGUGGUUCCCGUCAUCUUGUGCCUAAAAAGGAUAGAAGUUGGCGAAUGUGCACUGAUUGUAGGGCCGUCAAUGCAAUAA